GCAUUUGCAACCGUCGACAGGACUUCCGUACGCCACUUUGCAAAGGUACGCGACAGAGUCCUGGCGACUCUUGUGAACUAUCACAACCGCCAAGGCCCGACUAGCGGGUCCUCGACGAGCCGACUUUUUAUCAUGCGACCUGGUUAGCGACGAGCUGCAUGUCGUAUACGGAGCGUCGUGCGAGAAGAGAGAAGCGAGCAAAUUCUACGCAUAUGAAUUCAUCUUCCACUGCCUAUAACAGCUCCUCAAGAGGUCAGACACGUUCAGAGUCGGUAGGCACGAUCGAUAUACAAAGAGCGUUCGAUGCUGCGUCCCGCAAAGCUGUCUUGUCCUGCCCUAAACGCGUUGACCCGUCAGGAACGGGAAUGGUCCGACGUGCAUAUCGGAGCGGUCCGGAGGCCAAGACCGGCACCAUCGCCUCCCGUCGUGUCGUUCGUAUUGUAUUUCUGAAGUCCCUUUGAUUUUCCUGUAUCUCUGCC